AUGUCUCAGAGAUCGCCCGUCUCCACCCCCGCCGCCUCCCGCCAGGCCACCGGCUCCGGCUCCGGCUGUAACCUGCGAAUUCCCGAGACGGACCCUCCCCGCCUCGGUCAGGAUUUUUACACGCCCUCCACCCUCCGCAAGCCCUCUCCCGCCUCAGCCGCGGCGCUCGAGCCGCCCACCCCCGCCCCCCGCCCGCUCGUCCCAAGCCGCCGCGCAGGCUCGGCGCCCGUCUCCUCUCCGCCCCGCUGCCUCGGCGCCCCGCAGUCCCCGGCGCUGCCUCCAGCCCCGCCGCCGCUGCCGCCGCCCCGCCCCGCUUCAACCGGCGUUCCCGAGGGCGAUCACACCAGCGCUCCCCGCCCCCACUCCCCGCCGCCCGCGCGGCCGCUAGGACAGCCGGGCCCGACACACGGUUGCGCCGCAAGCGCCCGGGCCAAGGAACGCGAGCUCGAGCACAGGCGCCCGCCCUCACCCCGGGCCUCUCCGGGGUCCCGCGGAGGACUGCCGGAUCUGCCGGCGGGAGGGGGAGGGGCCGCGGCCGCGCAGCCCCCGCACUCACCAGGCUCCAGGCAACCGCCCCCGGUGCCAACGGUGGUGCUUGCUUGCUCGCCCGCCCGCCGAGCCUUUCCCCGCACACAAUCUCGAAGAGCCGGCCCGCGCCCCCGCGGUGCUCACCAGGCCUCGCUCUCUGCCGCCGCGCACCCAGCAGCGAGACCCAGCUCAGCGGGCUCUCUCUGUGCGCCUGCGCGUGGGGGCCGGCCCGCGCGCCUGCGCACGCCCCUCCACCGCCCUGCUGCAGAGGCUGCCGGGAGAUGUAGUCUAACUGUCUUUCCCUGUGAGCUCUGGCCGGCUGCGAACGAGCAGAGUUGA